AUGUUGCAUCAGGUUCUGGUUCCCUUGAGUCUGGACCCAAACACGGUCCACAGGAACCUUUGGUUAACAGAACAGAACCAGGCUGUGGCUUGCAGUAUUGAGCCCCAAUCAUACCCAGAACAUCCAGACCGCUUUGAGUGGUGGGCCCAGGUGCUGAGCAAGGAAGGUCUGACAGGUCGCUGCUACUGGGAGGUGGUCUGGAGCGGACUGUACGGCAUCGACCUCGCCAUGUCCUACAAAGACAUUAACAGAACUGGGCAAGGAGACGACAGUGGGUUUGGGUACAAGAGAUACUCCUGGAGUCUGGGCUGUUCCAUGUUCAGAUACGCACUAGUGCACAACAACGAGGAGACGGAGAUCAGUGUACCCCUGUCCCAUCGGAUCGGGGUGUAUCUGGACCACCGGGCAGGACAGCUGUCCUUCUACAGUGUCUCAGAUACCAUGAUCCUCCUUCACAAAGUCCAGACCAGGUUCACUCAACCUCUUUAUCCAGGAUUUGGGCUCUUUCAGGGCUCAAGAUCACCGCAAGUAGUCGACAGACCCCAAAACAUAUACAAAUCAGAGAUGCUUAAGAACUGCCGUGAGGAGAAACAAAUACCUCAGAUUUGA